UCGCUUGAUAUGAUCCCUUUGUUCCCGCAACUACAAUUUCAUGAUCACAGCAUUUAAACACCAUCACGAAAAAUCAUCUCUACUUCUUUUAGCAGCAUUUCUUCUGUUUCUUUCUUUUUUAAUCUUUUGAUCCAUUGACAUGUCGUUCUUAGAUUCUGACUCAUCUGAUGAUGUUGGCAUGUAUAAGAAUUUUAGACAAAUCAGUCGUCAACGUUUAUUACAUGAAAUGCUUCGAUUCACCAAAAAGGAGGACACGGAAUCAACUUGGAAGGUACUCAUUACGGACAACGUUACACUAAAGAUCAUGUCUUGUGCAUUCAAGAUAGCUGAUCUCACACAGGAAGGAGUUUCAUUGGUAGAACACAUAUGUAGAAAAAGGCAGCCAAUGCCGUUCUUGAGUGCGAUAUACUUCAUCCAACCUACAAAGGAGAAUGUUGUCAUGUUUUUGUCAGACAUGGAUGGGAUGUCGCGUUUAUACAAGAGGGCAUUUGUUUUCUUCAGCUCACCCAUUUCAGAAGAUCUAUUGACUCUUAUUAAGAAAAAUAGACAUGUAGUGCCUGGAAUAGUUGCGUUGAAAGAGAUGAAUUUGGAGUAUUUUGCUAUAGACAGCCAGGGUUUUGUUACUGACAAUAUGACUGCUUUGGAGGAACUUUUUGGAGAGGAAGAGGAUUUUUGCAAAGGUGAUGCAUCUCUAAAUGUGAUGGCUACUCGCAUUGCUACAGUUUUUGCUUCUUUAAAGGAAUUUCCUUCUAUUCGCUAUCGUGCUGCCAAGUUCCUGGAUGCAGCCACAGUGACACCUUUUCAUGAUCUCAUCCCUACAAAACUUGCUGCUAGAGUUUGGGACCGUCUAAUACAUUAUAAAAGAAAACUUAAGAACUUUCCUCAGACAGAAACAUGUGAGAUGCUUAUCCUAGACAGAUCUGUAGAUCAGAUUGCUCCUGUUAUACACGAGUGGACAUAUGAUGCCAUGUGCCAUGAUUUACUGAAUUUGGACGGGAAUAAAUAUGUGCAUGAGAUUCCUAGUAAAAAAGGUGGGCCUCCUGAGAUAAAAGAGGUUAUUUUAGAUGAACAUGAUCCUGUAUGGCUUGAGCUUCGCCAUGCACAUAUAGCGGAUGCUAGUGAACGGUUACAUGAGAAGGUGGCCAGCUUUGUGUCAAAGAAUAAAGCUGCUCAUAUCCAACAUGUUUCAAGAAAUGGUGAACCUUCUUUCCGGGACUUGCAAGAGAUGGUUCAAGCGUUGCCAGAAUAUGGCCAACAGAUGCACAAGCUCUCUCUUCAUGUAGAGAUUGCAGUAAAAAUUAACAGAAUCAUUAUGGAGUUGGGGCUUCGAGACAUAGGGCAACUGGAGCAGGACCUAGUCUUUGGAGAUGCAGGAAUGAAGGAUGUAAUCAAUUUUUUAACUAAAAAGGAGGAUGCAUCUCGUGAAAAUAAGCUGCGCUUGUUGAUGAUUCUUGCUGCCGUUUAUCCUGAGAAGUUUGACAGUAAAGAGGAUCUUGAUCUAAUGAAGUUAUCGAGAUUAUCACAAUGUGAUAUUGAUGCUGUGAAAAAUAUGAGAUUGCUUGGAUGUCCAGAGUCUAAAAAAAGUUCUGCUGGACCUUUCUCUCUGAAGUUUGAUAUUCAUAAGAAGCGUGCUGUCAGAAAAGACCGAGCUGGUGCUGAAGAAACAUCAUGGCAAUUAUCACGGUUUUACCCUAUGAUAGAGGAACUGAUUGAAAAACUUAACAAAGGAGAACUAUCCAAGGAUGAAUAUCCAUGUUUAAAUGACCCAAGUGAAACUUCCCAUUGGACACACCAAACCGUAUCAACAAAUCAUUCAGUGACUUCAAGACGGACACCAACAUGGGCGCGACCUCGGAACUCUAACGAUAGGGAUUCAGGAUUAAGGCAUGCAUCUAUUGAUUUCAAAAAGAUGGGGAGACGUAUUUUUGUUUUUAUUGCAGGUGGAGCUACUAGAUCUGAGCUAAGCGUAUGCCACAAGCUUACAAAGAAGCUACAAAGAGAAGUUGUUCUAGGAUCGUCGAGUCUUGAUGAUUCUUCAGAGUUUAUUACGAAACUAAAGCUAUUGAAGGCACACGAACUCUCAUUGGAUGAUCUACAGCUGUCAAAUGUUGUGGGGAUGACUGGCGGACAAUAAGCUCUUAGGUUUUCCGAUCCCAUUUGUAUUCCUAGACGCAUACUUGCAAGUCAGGCUUCACUUGUUCACUACUAUAACGUUCACUCGGUGCAUUUUCAGUUAGUAGGCGUUUAUCUAGGUUCAUCCGUUAUAAGUGAGGUAGCAAUGUCUAUAACUGGUUGAGAGCUUGUUAGCUGUACAGAUUUUGCAAGUGAUCAAUUUAUAGCAACUCUUGCAUAA